CCACGCUGUCCAAGGUUUGGUAGGAAUUAUCAGUAAUUCCGAAAGCGACUUGAGCACCUGUAUCAUUUUCAGGCAAGGUGAGCUCAGCAACAAUACCUGCUCAACCCAGCCAACAAAGGCACAUCCAACUUGGCUUCCCAGAUACCAAAGAGGCAAGCCGCCAAAGAGGAAGAGCCAAGAGGCGGGGACAGAGAUCGCCAUCAGGAAGCUAGCUAGAAACGCGAGAUAAAGAGGCCACCAUAGCAUGACAUCCCCCGAAGAAAGCAGCGCUCCCGUUGCCCACAAGAAACCUACACCCGAGAUGAACAAGCGCAUGGGCAUGGUGUUGAAGACCGAAGGGAACGGUGUCUGUGCCGAUUGCCCUGCCAAGCGUCCCCUGUGGGUAUCCUUUCUUGCAGGCAACAUGGACAAAUCCCGGAAAUUGGCCGUUUUGUGUUGCCCCAAGUGUGCCCAGUACCACCACUUUGAGCUUGGGAAGAAACGCACUCUGAUCAAAUACCUCAAGAUGGCUCAUGAAUUCAACCUGGCCGAUAUCGGGAUUUUAGAACAGAGUGGAAAUACCUAUGUGAAUGAAGUCUUUGAAGCAAAACUCACCAAGGAAGAUUUUGACAAGCUUCUGGUGUUGGAUAACGACGAGAAAGAAGCUGAGAGACGAUCCAAAUUCAUUAAAGACAAAUACAAAAAGAACAAAUACCAAGAUGAGGUGGUAUACUACCAACGAAUGCUCGAGCUGACAAAACAAGUAGAGCCACCAAAAGAAGGAGAGAAAAAGGAGCAAGACGAAAAAGACGACAACGAAGGAAGAAAGGAACAAAAAGACGACAACAAAGGGAGAAAGGAACAAAAAGACGACAACAAAGGGAGAAAGGAACAAAAAGACGACAACGAGCGAAAACCACGGGACGAUCACCACAGGAAAUCUCGCGACGAUAAGGACCAGGAAGACAGGUCUCUUCGAAAGACAACCAGCUACAACAAGUUGGAUGAUGCUGCAAGAGACCCUGUUGCGCAAGGACGAGAUCCCCGACAAAGCCGAAGCAGGAGCAUGGACCAUACUGCCCCGACGUUGGCAGCAUCACCGCAUGAUACACAACACGUUAUGAAACCAAAAAUGCAGCGUUCGCGCACUACAGAUGGCCAGGAAGUGAGCUGGUCCCGAAGUCGUGGUAGUAAGGAUCCACCACGAAACUUUCCCGUCAACGAAGCGCGCAGAACCAUGAGAGUGAAUCGGAGCUUGACUCGAUCUCGCUCACCCACAACCUCGGCUUCUCCCCAUCACAGCCGAAGCCCUCAUCGAAAGAGGGAAUUACCUCCCCGUACUGGUAGCAAGGACAAGAGCCUGCACAUGUCGUCUCCGAGCCUAAGCUUUGAUGCGGAAGAUGCAGCGCGCAAAGAACGAAGGCCUGCUAUGUCCCGACAAACCAGUCUUCCUAGAGAGAACAGUCUACAACGUGGCGACAAGCCUUUCAGUAGUAGGAGACUCGUCAGCGGAUCCAAAAAACUGGAGAAACUGCGACAACAUUGCAUGGGAGGAGAGGAUGAUGCUCCCGAGAAAACAGGAUCAGUUGAUGGCGUCAACAACGGUGACAACAACAAACCACAAGGGGAGAAACCAUCCGAGGAUCACAAGGAGGAAAAUGUCAACCAUGGCAGCAGCCGCAAUCUACGUGGAAGGCGGUCCAGACAGAGUAGCCCAAGCUUAAGUCGGACCGGCUCCCCCCGAAAGAGUGUGUCACGAGAAAGUAGCAGGAGGAAGAGCAUGUCACCAGAAAUUAGUCAGAGCAAUCUUCGCAUGUCUAGAGAGAGCAGCCGCAAGAAUCUUUCCUUAUCACCGGAAAACAGCAAGAGACACCUUUCGCGAGACAACAGCAGGAAGAAUCCUGGAUUGUCGCGAGAAAACAGCAGGAAGAACAGUGGGUUGUCGAGAGAGAACAGCAGAAAGCACCUCAGUUUGUCGAGAGAAAACAGCAAGAGAGUGCUGUCUGGAAGUAGCCAUCACAAGAAGAGCUUGUCACGAGAAAACAGCAAAAAGAACUUUAGUUAUUCUCGCGAGAAUAGCUCCAAAAAGAUUAGCCCUUCGAGACAAAACAGUCUGCAACGAGAAAACAGUAUGCGACACUCUGCCCCCGAUCGCGGAGACAAAGAGCUUGAUGACCUUCGAGCAGCCCUCGAAGAUGGUCUGCAACAACAAGCCGGCAGCCAGAACAAAAGCAGCGUUCCAACCUCCGCAUACAUCGAUAGAGAUAGUGACUUUCGGCACUCGGCACCGGCUAGAAGCCAACAAGAGCAAGGAAUCGAAGCUUUGAGGAAAGAUUUCAACGCAAAUAUCAGUACCCCGGCCGACAACGACCACGUGGCGACGCACACACGGACGUUUCAUAACCCUGCUGCUCUCAAGUACCAAGGCGAUGACGACAUUUUGAUGGACGACUCGAGCAGAGGUCCCAAUGACAAUUCGCGACUUACCCAACAGGACACAGCGGAGGCGCUCGCUGUUUCCGGGAACAAGAAGACCUCACCGCGAAGUCCUCGUCGCAACAGACCAAAAACGAGUUUGCAUGAUUCUGCUCCGAUGCUGGCCCUUGGCACGGUAGCAGAAGAUGCUGAUGCCAAGAGAGGCGAGGAGAAAGACAUCUCCAAAAACUCACGUCGUAGCAGGAAGAAGAACUUCCACGAGUCGGCUCCUGUUCUGGAUAUGUCGGAUGCAUCGACGGAGCCGUCAAAGAGUCUUGAUGCUUGGCUCAAGCCAUCAUCAGAGACGAAGGCUCCCCGACCAAGAAACCCUUCCAUGUUGCCUAUCCACGCUACACCUGCCGGUACGACACAGAGCCCUCGAUCGAAGAAAAAGAGCGCUGGGUCAUUGCUGCCAUCGAAUAGUCCGCGCUCGAAGAAGAAAUCGCUUGACUUCUUGAAGAGCCCCGUUCCUUCGAAGGGUCCCCGCCCUACCGGUUCGCUACAGCGAGCCUUGUCUCAGGACAGCCUUAUGGUAGACGACAUCGUCAGCAAAGACAAGAAAAAGAACGAGGGAUAUCGCUGUUUGUCUAGUCUUUUGAAUAUGGAUAGCGCGGACCUUACCAAAGAACUGGCUACUUCCAUCCCUCCAAAGGGUUACCGCCCUACACUUCGGCGAGCCCUCUCACAGGACAGCGUUUUGCUAGAUGAGAGCGUCAACAGCGGCAAGAAAAUGAAUGAGAGGACUCACGGGUUGUCAAGUCUUCUGGAUGUGGAUAGCGCGGACCUUGCCAAAGCACAGACUAAUUUGACGAAACGAGAAUCGGGCAACUUGUUGGUCUCACCAGCUUAGUUCGCCGACGAAGAAUGGGAAUUCACUGAGAGGCUCUUGUAUACACUCUGCGACGGCAAUGGAUAUCUUCGAUUCAUCAUUCGACGAUCUGAUCAUACUUCUUCAAUACACAGCAACGUAGCUCCUUAGGACAUCUAGCUAGACCACCGGUCGUUCUUGAGUAGGAAGUCUAUACUCGCGGGUUCUCCACGCCGAGCUGUAUGCGCCGCUGACCGGGUGCAAGACAUUGCCAAACUAAAACUAGCCUUCUAAGGACCUCGAUGCUAGCCACACGACUCUGCGAACCUGAAACUAGCAGCUGCUUGGACAACGGCAGCGGAUGCGGGGAGUAGUAUAUCAGAUCAUCCCCAGAUUCGUAUCUCAACUAGAUGCAGGAUUCAUGCCUCUACAUCUUGGCGGGUGACGUGUUGUGAUCACGAGGCCAAUGGCCAAUGCAUGGAACAGCUUGAAAUUGAUGGGUAUCUAUCGGUUGACCACUGUUGAAGGCUUGAUUGCUUAUACCGGUACGGUAUGCGUACAGCUGUUGAAGAGCAAACAGAUACAAUCAUUCGCUGUUGACUACA